AAAAACCAUAUCUGUGGAAGGGUUCUGACAGUCUGCAGGGGUCAAGAGCUUGGAGACUCACAAGACUCAAUUGAUGCAAAAUUGCAAGGGCUUGUUGCAGAAGAUUUCAUCAAAACUUUUCAAUUAGUUGUAAAAGUAUGGGAACUUGGUCUUUUGUGCUUAGAUGUAAAUUUGAAACUUAUGUUUGGAGGGAGUUUUCUUUUGCAUUAAACGAUAGUCUUCACUUUAGGAGGAAAAAAGGGAAGCUGUACCAUUAGGUAAUCAUAAAACAGGUUUAAUUUCUCAAAACACCAAAAAUUCAUUCAGCUGAAAACUUACUUUCUUAACCUCCUAUGGACAAUUAAAAGUUCCUUUGACUGACUGCCGAGGAAACAAAAACUUCCAAUUUUUUUCUUCUUUCCAAGUUUCGCAAACACUGGAAUUUCGACUAUUUCGGUUUCCGAACCCGUCCAAAGGUUGUUGUUGUUGCGUGACGUAUUAACACGUGAUCAGGGGAAUUGUUUUGGGACGGUACGUCUGGCAGAGUAACCAGACUGAGCUUCGCGAAUUUCAGGAAUCUCCGGAGUGGUGUAUUCUAUCAAAGAUGAUCCAGUCACUUGUCAUGCAUGAAGGAUCCACCAAGAACAAAGAUCCUAACUCAGCGCAACUUUACGGUCAAUGAACGUCGGCUGUAAUGUAUUUGGUCAAUUCAUACCACCAUGUUCUCAAAAACAUUGACUCAAGCUGGGGAGACUCAACAAUUUCAAGCAACUCACGAAGUGGUAAGAGAACACGACGGAGAAAAAUCGAUUCCUCGCAUUCAUUCUCACAGAGUUCACGCAGAAGUAGUCAGACAUAUGCUAGCAGUUCAGAGAGUGGCCUGUACAGUGAAGAACUGGUCAAUUCUGGUUACUAUGGAGAUGAUGAAGUAGACCGCUGCUCUUGUACUAAAUGCGUUAGUGAGGCACUAGCGGUAAAACCCAAGACUGAUAUAGUGGCUGACUAUGACAUUAUUAGUGAAGACUUAAGCGAGUCUACAACUCCCGAGUUACAACUAAGCUGUGUUUCACCCAUAAAGCAAAGUAAUUUUGAUGAUUAUGUGAUCAUUCCUUCGUCUAAAGAGGAGUUCUUUGCUGACGCUUUAGCGCACAGCACUCCUAUCUCGGAGAAAAACAGUCAUGGGUUUGGUGCGAGCAUGAAAUCAACCGCUGUUGCUCAAGUCACCGUCAGCCUUCAAGCCACUGUCAGUCUGCGCUACUCUUGCAAAUUGCUAGAAGAGGAUGAAAGCGAUAGCUCUUUAACAGGGACUGCUGCUUUGCAGAGAGUUACCGGUAAAAAUGAUAGCACAAGUUGUUGGUGGAGAGAGAACAUUGUCUGGCAGUUACAACAGCGAAAUGAUACUCAAACGAAACGGUUUUCACAACUUCAAACCGACAAUCAGAGUUGUCGCGCUAAAGUCAGAAUCAACAGAGAACUAGCUGACUAUUUGAAUAAGUACCCAGACUUGCGACCACAGGCCGAAACAACAUGUAACGUCAUGGUCAAUAUGGAAGUGGACCCUAUUGAGAGAUCAGAACUUUUUCUAGCGAUAAGAAACCAACGGACAGCUAGCGAUGAAACUGGGGAAUAUCCUCGUCCGAGAUCGGACAGCAUCGCGCAUUUGGCAGCCACUUACUUAAAAAGGCAGAGAACUUUAACCGAAAGGAAGCUGACUGAAAGCGAAGGCUCUUACUCACCCGCAUGUGUAAGGUCCCGGAUAAGCAAUCGCGCGGGAAGACGCGAAAGAGUCCCGGGUAAAAAAUGGCGGGAAAGUAUAGUGAAUCAGCUCGAAAUGAGGAACUUUCUAGAAUUUAAGUAUUUCACAGACACCCUCGCGCGCAGAACCAUAUCUCAGUUGAGUAUAUCAGAAAAUUUCCCCCAUCCAAUGAAAGGUGUGGACGAGUAUGACAUCAUCACAGACGACGAAGUGAGUAGCUUGGACUCUAGGAGUACUCUUAUGAACUCGGCCCAUUCCACCUCACAUUCACAGGGCUACUACAGUUCUACAUUCAGCAGUCGGUUUUUUAGCCUUAAACGCGGCAAGCGUAGAUAAGUCUUGUAGCCUAAACUGGCAACCCGCAUUUGAAGUGAAUUAGAUGAACGGACCCCCGAUUAUUGAGUAGCACCUCAAAAUGAAAAUUUACAUAUCGAAGAGAAUCGUAAUGUAUUGUAAACUGAAAGAAGAAUUGGUGUAUAUUAAAAACUAAAUCAUGGAAUUUAAUUUUAAUUGGACCAAACGCUCCCUAGGUCGGUAAAUCAACCGCUGAGCCCGUUUUCAAUUUGGUCAGUGACGCUGCUAGGCAACGUUACGCGUCUGAUGAGCCACAAGUGCACGUGUGGGAUUUAUUAUUGGACUAAAACAAUCGGAAAACUUCGGUUUUUUUCGACAAACAGUGAUUUGCCUACGACAGUACAAUUGUUAGUAAAUGAUACUAAAUGGAAGAGGUUGAACUUUGUAAGUAAAUAGCUGCCUUAAUUUUAUUACAUCACUUUUGUUGAACAGGGCUUCGAAGCUAAGCGAUUGUAUGCAUUAAACCCAAUAUUUAAGCAUGAAA